AGAGUUGCUUGUGCUUGACACAGAGUAUAAUAUACAUCAUACAACAAACAAUAAUUAAUUUUAAUAAUAUGUUAUUUUUGUGGCGUUUCUAGGAAACGUUGCGAAAUGAAAGUGUCCUAAAACAAAUGAAAUAAGAUAUCAUCGUAGAGUUAAUAAAAGUGGUCGCAAUAUGGUGAUUGAUUUUAACACGGUGCCAUUGUCCGCACUCACAAAUGAAUCUCGAAAUUUAUUGUGCUCUCGUUUAAACACAAAAAAAGUUUUACCAAUCGUUGGACCCGAUAAUCUAUCGAGACACAGAGAUUGGAGAGGGCUAGCGUCACUUGUAAACAUAACUGUUGAGGAAGCAAGUAGUUUGAAUGAGUGUCAGAAUAAAACGGCUACAAUUUUAACAAAAUGGCAAGGUUUUAAUGACGGUACAGCUACCGUUGGUCGUCUUUUAGUAUAUUUACAAAUUUUAGACAGAUACGACAUUUAUGAGGAUUUAUUACUGCUUGCUAAAGAAGAGAAACUGAGUGUUUCAACGAAUCUUACUAAUGACAAUCAGGUGGAAAUUGCUCUAGACGGCACUGAUGAAGAUAUCAUCACAUAUGAUGACAAAUUGUUUGGCAGACCUCAGCGGUACCACGCAUACGUGCUGUACGCUAAAGAAGAUAAAGAUUUUGUCGAUGAGCUACUUUUACGAAUGAGGCGCGAAGGAUUCAAGAUAUGUACAGAAGAAGACCUAGUGGCCGGUCAUGCAACGAAGUUCGAGCCGGUUUCAAGACUCAUCUCCGAUCGCUGCCGGUACAUCGUCCUGAUCUACUCGCCAGACUUCUUGAGGAGUCCUGCGAUCAAUUUCUGUAUGAAUUUGGCUCAAGCGGAUUCAAUCAGCAAGCGCCAGAGCAAGAUGGUCCCGGUGAUGUACCGGCAGUGCGUGCUGCCGGGCCACAUCGCGCACUACCACAGCCUGCGCUACUGCCAGGGCUCGGCCUCCGCCUACGACUUCUGGGAGCGCCUCUCGUACUCGCUGCGCAUCGUCGACACGUCCAGAUUGAAUAGCACAACUUCAACGUACUCCACAAUGGACAUAGCUGAGAUGACACAGAGUUUAUCUAAUGGAUAUCGUCAUGCCAACGGUCACAGGGAUUUUCACCUCGCUCUACCGGAUGUGCCAAGUCACAACCUUGAAACUUCAAGUAUGAACGACCUACACAGCCUCCAUUCGGAUUACAUACACACUUUUGAUACUAAGUCUUUAAGCAAUACAAGUCAGUCCAGUGAAAUUAAGAAAAAGAAAAAGUAUGGACCCUUUAGGAAAAUAAUGAACACUUUCAGAGGAAAAAAGCACAAAAAAGUUAUCGCUGUCGAAAAUUGAAAAGAUUUUAAACUUGAUUGGCUUAUAACUUAAUUUAACGGAUAAGUAUGACCAGUUGAAUAUUAAGUGAAAGAUAUAAACGAGAUUUUUUAGUUAGUAUUUUUGAAUGAAAUUAAUAAAAAUAUUGGAUAUA